CAUUAGGCGCAGCUCACGGUGGGUGGGGACCCGGCCAAGUUUUCAUUCUAUAAAAUGCAGGAUUGUUUGCCUUGUCAGUGACUGCUUUGAAAAAUUGCCACAAUCUGAUUUGAUUCCCUGCCCCAAGCCAAGUGCUGCUUCUGGAAGGUGCUCUGGUCGCUGAGGAUGGUGUUGUGGUGCCUGGCCGCUCUGGCCGCCUGCCUGGUCUCCGUGCUCCUGCUCCUCGCCAUCUCCCAGCAGCUCUGGCAGUUGCGCUGGGCGGCUACUCGGGACAAGUCCUGCAAACUGCCCAUGCCCAAGGGCUCUAUGGGAUUUCCACUGGUGGGCGAAACCUUCCACUGGAUCUUACAGGGUUCCAACUUCCAGUCCUCCAGAAGAGAAAAAUAUGGCAGCGUCUUCAAGACUCACUUGCUGGGUCGUCCGCUCAUCAGGGUGACAGGAGCUGAAAAUGUAAGGAAGAUCCUGAUGGGGGAGCACCACCUGGUCAGUGCGGAGUGGCCCCGCAGCACGCGCAUGUUACUGGGGCCCAACAGCCUGACAAAUUCCAUUGGAGACAUCCACCGACACAAGAGAAAGGUCUUCUCGAAAAUAUUCAGCCAUGAGGCUUUGGAGACCUACCUGCCGAAAAUACAGUUGGUUAUCCAAGACACCCUGAGGGUAUGGAGCAGUCAUCCUGGGUCUAUCAAUGUCUACUGUGAGGCACAAAAGUUGACUUUCCGCAUGGCCAUCCGAGUCCUGCUAGGAUUCCGACUCUCCGAUGAAGAACUCAACCAUUUGUUCCGGGUAUUUCAACAGUUUGUUGAGAAUGUGUUCUCCUUGCCAGUGGAUGUGCCAUUCAGUGGCUACCGACGGGGUAUUCGAGCUCGAGAGACUCUACUGAAGGGCCUGGAGAAAGCUAUUCAGGAGAAGUUGCAGAACACACAAGGGAAAGAUUAUACUGAUGCUCUAGAUGUUUUGAUCGAGAGCGGGAAAGAGCACGGCAACGAGUUGACUAUGCAAGAGCUGAAGGAUGCUACCUUGGAAUUGAUAUUUGCAGCUUACGCCACCACGGCAAGUGCCAGUACCUCACUUAUUAUGCAACUUCUUAAGCAUCCAGCAGUCUUGGAGAAGCUGAGAGAGGAGCUUAGAGGGAAUGGGAUCCUCCAUAACGGCUGCAUCUGUGAGGGAGCCUUACGCGUGGAUACCAUCAGCAGUCUGCGUUACCUUGACUGCGUCAUUAAGGAGCUUCUGAGGCUCUUCACCCCCAUCUCAGGGGGCUAUCGGACUGUGCUGCAAACCUUUGAGUUGGAUGGCUUCCAAAUUCCAAAAGGAUGGAGCGUUUUGUAUAGCAUCAGAGACACGCACGACACAGCUCCAGUCUUCAAGGAUGUUGACGUCUUUGACCCCGAUCGCUUUGGACAAGAUCGUACGGAAGACAAAGAUGGCAGGUUCCACUAUUUGCCAUUUGGUGGUGGAGUAAGGAACUGCUUGGGCAAACAGUUGGCCAAACUUUUCUUGAAGACCCUGGCAAUUGAAUUGGCCAGCAUGAGCAGGUUUGAACUGGCAACCAGAACUUUCCCAAAAAUCAUGCCAGUCCCUGUGGUUCAUCCAGCUGGCGAACUAAAAGUCAGAUUUUAUGGACUUGAUUCCAACCAAAAUGAAAUUGUGACGGAAACAGAAGCCAUGUUGGGAGCAACAGUGUAGCCUUCAAUAUCUCAAUUUCAAGAAUGAAAAGUGGGAAAUAAGCACAAGAUCAACAACCAGAGCUACACAGUAAUGACCAAGAAAAAUAUAUCCAUAUACUAACUUAAGUAUACCGAGCCACCAAACCAUGAAUAUAUCUCUGUGGAAUGCUUAACUUAAAUAUAGUAACAUAUAUACUUUAAGUGACAAAAAUGGAUCCAUGUCCUGUAUUUAUGAAUCCUGCUGCAGAGAAGGACACUCAGAGAACACCAGCUGGAGAUUGACCUGAUAAAUGGAUUAUUGCGAAGCUGGUUGUUCUCAUUAUUGAGGGAUUCUUGGAUGGUCUUCAGCUGUUUACAAGACCUUCCUUUAAAGUUGCAUUUUCAUCUUUAUUCCAAAAGCUUGUUUCAGUGUUACACACAUCAGGGAUACCAGGGUUUUCCUACUGUUGUUUCUAGACCUGCCUUAUUAUAUUG